ACUACAACUGCAUAACACCCUUGACUACGUUGCGUACCUUAAAAUACAUAAAAUUUGUGUUAUUUUUGUUUAUACUUUAUUUCUUUUCGUUUGCAUCGAUAAAAGCGUGUUUUUUUUGCGUGCAAUACUUUUUUCCACCGUGUCCGGCGUGUGUGGAAAAAGUCGUGCAACGUUCAAAAACAACACGUCGAUAAGUACGGCCGCAAAAAUUCCCAAAUCCGUGGCAACAAGUAAACUGCAGCGCCUCAAAGCCAAAGCAGCUGCAAGUCAACACUACGGCGGCAGUUAUCGUAAGUCCGGUAACACCAGCACCAACGGCGGCAGUGGCAGCGGCGGCGGCAGCGGCGCUGGCAGCGACAUAGCAGCAUUUACAACAACAAGCGGCUACAACUAUCAACGCGGUGGCGCUGCGGAGGAGCGUAGCUUUGCUGCAACAGCGGCGACGUCGGCGUUGGCGUUGGCGUCAGCAGCCACAACAGAAUCAGUUGGUGAAAAGUCAUAUCAUUACAACCACAACAUCAACAACAACAACAACAAUAUUAGCAGCAGCAACAACAACAACAACAAUUAUCAACAAAAGUCAAACUACACCAGUGCCAAUUACAAUAAUCAGACCACAACAAACAACCACCUGCCUUAUCAGCAUACAACAUUCACCUCCCACACAAACAACAACAACAACCACAGCAAUAACUACAACAACGGAAACGGAAUCGGAAUCGGGAACGGGAAUACGAUGAUGAUGACCAAACAGAAGACCACGCUUAGCGAGCGCCUCAAUAUUGGGGAUGAGGUGCGCGAGCUAAAAUUGGGUGCCACAUUCAAUCCGAAAAACACAUCGACCGCAUUUCACACAAUCAAAUAUGACUUUAAGCCAGCGAGUGUGGAUACCAGUCGAAUGGCAACUGUCGAUGUUGGCUCCAAUAAUCAAGUUACUGUUACCGUGCCAAAUUUAGAAAGUUCCGGUGUGCCUCAUACAGUUUAUAAGGGUAAUCACAAAAAAUAUACAAAAGAAUGCCUAAUCAUUUUCGACAAGGAAACGGGUGCUAUCACAUUAGAGAAGCUAAAUCACAAUAUACAAGUAAAGAAGACAAGAAGCGAAAUGACAAACAAGCCAAGCUUGAUGCCCGCUACGAAUGCACCCCCUCCUGGCGCCAAUGGUGGCCCCGUACCGUCCAUGGGAGCCGGAGGAUCUGGUUCUGGACCCAAAAUGGAGAAUAGCACCAUGCGCAUUACAUCCAAAACGAAAGUGUCCACGGGAAGUCGCCGGAACAACAUAAUUGACUAUAAGCCAAGGAAUUCGCCCAUGCAGAUGCAGCAGAGCUCACCAUCGCGUCCAGUAGCUUCACAUCGCAGUCCGCAAUCAGCGCCGGCCUGGCAUGCGAACAAUGCCCAACAGACAUUGCCCAGCAUACCCAUGAUAAUGGACGAUGAUGACUUUGGCAUGGGCGCAGCCUUGCACAAUGGUGGCCAUGCGAAUAUAUCGGGUUCCUCGACUGGCUCCUCAGGCGGCCAACCAGACUAUGCGUCAUCGCACAUGGGCAAGCAGAGACAGGCCCCAUCUCAAGGUCAUGCCAAGCGACAGCAAAUGACUCAACGCUCCAGCCCUCCCAUGCAGCAGCAGUCACAGCCGCAUCCUCAUCCGCAGCAACAACAACAACAUCAGCAGCAAAACUUUGGUCGUGGCAACGGCAGCAACAACUACGCACAACAGAUGCAGCAACGUCCAUCCUUUAGCCAUAGCAGCCAUAACAGCAACAGCAAUAGCAUGCCCUUGGAUCUGGACUCGCCCAGCCAUCAUGACCUCUCCUCACAGUCUGUGGCGCAUGCGGCAGCCGUGUUGGAACAGCAAAUUGGUGGCGCCCUAAGUGCCUCCAGCUCCAGUUCAGAGUCGGAUUCUAGUGACAGUGACAGUGGAAGCGACUCUGAUGACAGCACCGAGGAUGAUCGUCCCACGCAUCAGCAGCAAUCGACAGUUCAGCAAUCGCAUCAUCAUCCCCAUAUACAGCAGCAACAUCACCAGCAUCAACAGCAUCAGCAGCAACAGCAACAGCAUAUGAAUCAGCUGCCCAAUCUGGGACUGGGUUCUAUAUCGCCGGCCUACAACAGUCACCAUCCUCAUCAGCAGCAACAGCCGCAGCAGCAAUCGCAUCAUCAUCAUCAUCCUCAUCCACAACAGCAACAACAGUCUGGAGCUUAUGCGUCCAACGGUGGCUUUCCCAAUGAUUUGCUACAAAACGAUCUGCAAUUGUCCUCAAAUUCGUCCGAUGAUGAUGACGAUUAGCCGUUUUUAAAUGUCAAACGUUUAGUUGUAAUCUAUAGGCCUUUCUUUGAGUAUAUUUAAAAUAAGAAAAAACAAAAAAAAAAAACAAAGAACCAACAACCAUCAACAAUAACGACAUCAGAAAACACACAAUAUUUACGAUAAAUAUAUUCAUUCUCUCUGCGUUUAAUUAAGUUGAAAUUAUUAAAUGGUGAAUUUAAUUGCUAGUGAAAUUUUUUAUAAAUAAAUUCUUAGUUCUAUGCACACAUAACAUACACACUUACAUCUAAUCUAUUAAAUAAUAAUUUUUAACAUAAUUUGUACAAUUUGAAUUACAAAUGUGCUGGAGAACAUUGAAUACAAACAAACACAACAACAAAAAAAAAUGACGAAAAUUAAUAAACAAAAAACAAUGUAAUCGUAAUUGUAAUUCUAAACAAUUAGUACGUUUGCCAAUAUUUCAAUGUACAUUAAUUUUAGUACGAAAUCAAAGGUUAUGUGAAACUUGUUGAGAGUCUUGAAGAGCGCGCGCAAUAUUUAUAGAGAUACACAGAUACUACGAUACUACGACGACAACAACAAUUAUUUAGUUUCUAAUGGAACACACUCACACACACACAUAUAUGUACACAUUUAAUUGUUAAGUGAAAGAAGGAUAACAAAAAAUGACCAGAGCGGAUUUUUGCCAUUAAUUACGCAUUUUAUUAUAAGCAAUUUUCAGCUAACAUUUAGAUAAUACACAAUUUGACAAAGAAACAAUUAAAUGAACACCAAAAGAGACAAACAGACAGACCGACAGCAAUAAUUAAACACAUUUAAGAACAAUAACUAAAAAGGAGAAUGCUGUAUGCAUGCUUAUAAUUUGUACUUGUAAAUUAGUUUAUGCUUUGUAUUUUUUUUUUUAAGUUCUUAACUUGGUUUAUUUAGCAGUCAAGCUUCUUUGAAUUCUUUUGUCAUUGUUACGCAAUAAAUAGCUUAUGUUUAAA